AUGGAGAGAGGUAUCACCGAUGACCCCACAUAUGUGAUCAAGCAUAUGGGCCGGCUGGUUCACGACGAGAAGGGUUUUGGCCGUUUUGCGGGCUCAACUACCGGUGUCCACUUUGUUUUGACCGUCGAGCAAGAAUGCCAAAAGGUGCUGAAUCUUUCGGGUGGAUUCCCAGAGAGUUGCUACCGAGCCUUUUUAGUAGAAUCGCCCGGGUUUUGA